AGUUUUCAGAGUCCAAGAAGACCAACAAUUGUUCGCGUCUAUGCCCCUGACGUUGAUUAUUGAAACGUGAUCCAGCAAUCAGCAACCAUGACUGAAGAGAAAGAUAUAGAAAAAACCUCCCAUGGCAUUGGUCCCAGUACCUCCUCUGGUCAGAUACAGGUAUCAAUCGAAAAGGGCGAUACUCAUCUUGUCUGCAAUGCAGGAGGUACAGCAGAUGGGUCCAAAGUCCACCCACAGCCUACCACUGAUCCAUUGGAUCCAUUAAACUGGCCAACUAUGCAGAAGCAUGUUAUACUAGCAAUUGUCAUGUUCAAAUACUUCCUCUUCACGUAUCUCACGACAACGACGGUGCCUUCCUUCACCGAAAUUCAAGACCAGUAUCAGAUCACUUAUGCACAAGUGAAUUGGACCGUCGCUGUACCCGCCCUCGGUCUAUCCGUUGGCCCUCUGAUAUGGUCUUCUUUCAGUGACAUAUAUGGACGUCGACUCAUCUUCCUAAUUGGAACGACUAUUGCUUUGGUAUCGACAAUUGGAGCUGCUGUCGCGGAUAGCUAUUCCGGAUACAUGUCUGCCCGAUUUUUCCAAGGGUUCGGUGUCAGUCCUGCUUCGACUGUUGGCAUGGCUGUUGUCAACGAUCUGUUCUUUGAUUAUGAGAGAGGACAGAAGCUUGGGUUGUGGGUGUUGGCGAUAGAUUCUGGACUCCUUCUCGGACCAACCCUGGGUGGCUUUCUUGACCUUGUGAGCUCCGCAUGGAUUAACUGGUUCAACGCGAUUCUCUUUGCCGCUCUUUUGGUACUAGAGCUAUUCUUUAUGCCAGAGACGCUUUAUCCCCGACAGAAAAUGCUCCUCCAUCAAAGCACUACACUCACCAUUAAGAAUACUUCCUCUACCGCCGAGAAACAGGAAAGCAAGGGACCCGAGCAAGCAACAGAGAUACUUUCUGGAGAGUUCCAGUCAAACCUCCGCCGAACAAAAUCCCUACCAUUCGUGAACUUGCAACCUGUUCCAGGGAUGCGACACCCUAAGCCGUGGGACUCGAUCACUCGAUUCUUCAUCACAUUUCAAUUUCCUACAGUUUCUAUCGCAGUAAUUGGAUAUUCUUUCGUUUGGUAUUGGUGGGUUCUCUCAGUGAUCACAAUGGUGCCAGCCGCAUAUGUGAACUAUACCCCGCUUAUACAAGGACUAUUGUUUCUCGGAUUGUUUUUGGGCACUAUAGUCUCAGAAAUCUUCUGCUCUGGGCGAUUGAGUGAUUAUAUUGUUGAGAAGUUGGCAAAAAAGCAAGGCAAUGUCCGCGUUGCAGAAAUGCGGUUGUGGCUAGUCUAUCCCGCCAUUUUGGUUACUGCAGUUGGCUCAAUUUUGUGGGGAGUGAGCAUCGACAAAAAUUACCACUGGAUGGUUGGUCAAGUUGCAUUCUUCCUAUUUGCGGCAGGGAUUCAGAUUGGCAAUACUGUCACCAGCAGUUAUAUUGUCGACAACUAUCCUUUGCAGUCUACGAGUGUCAUCACAUUUUACGCCGUUUUUCUUAACCUGAGUGCAUUUAUCAACCCAUUUUUCAUUGCAUCUUGGCAGGCCUCAGUUGGUUGGACUUGGACGUUUACAGCGCAAGGUUUGAUCGUUCUAUUCGGGGGAUCUUUGCUAUUUGGAGCUUUACAAAAAUAUGGGGGACUAAUGCGGACUAAGGGGCCGCAGCCAUCCUGGGUCAACCCGGAGUAUGAUAUUGUUGGUGAAGUCUCAGCCGAAUGAUCAGAGUCGUUUUGUCAAUACCGUCUGCGGAU